AUGAUGAGGGAGAAGGACAAGGAUCAUCAAACUCCUAAUGUCUACCUUAACUCUGAUGGUUACGUUGAAGAUGAGAAUUACCUUAAGGUGGUCAGCACAUGCAAGAUGCAAGUUUACAAAUUUCCCUUCGAUAUUCAGAACUGCAACUUGUCUUUCAGGUCAAUUCUAUACAAUGAUGAGGGCAUUACGUUUGAAGGCCAGUUCAACAAUUCAUAUUUGCUAAAGUGGACUUAUGAAGCUAUGGGGACCCAGUACGAGUGGCUGUUCCUCAACUUGACAGUCAACACAUCAAAUCACACCACCCUUGCAGGAUAUACUCAAAGCAGGAUUGUUUAUACUAUCACGAUGAGGAGGCGUUCUGCCCUUUACAUCGCCAACUUCUUAGUGCCCAUCCUGUUCUUCUUCUGUCUGGACUUGGCCUCCUUCCUGAUCUCAGACAGCGGGGGCGAGAAGCUCAGCUUCAAGGUCACUGUGCUGCUCGCUGUCACUGUGAUGCAGCUUAUUCUCAACGAGAUUCUGCCUUCCUCUUCAGACAGGUUACCGCUUAUGGCGGUCUUCUGCAUUGGGAUAUUUGGUUUGAUGAUGAUCAGCCUUCUGGAGACGAUUUUGGUGAUGUAUCUGAUUGAUAGAGACUCUGCAUCUGAAGAAAACCAGGCAGAUAAAGGCCUGAGUAAGGACUGUGGAGACAAACAGGGCAAGUCGUGUGUCAACAAUUUCCUUUCAGAUGUGAAGAAAUGGACUCACUGUGCUUGUGUGUGUAAUGUGUCUGAUGAACCGCCAUCUGAACUGCUGUCGGUGGGCCAAGAGGUGAGAAUUGGGUUUCUCUGUAAAGGGAAUGACAAAAGAAGCCAACUGAUGGAGGAGUCCGAUUCCCUGGAGAAGCUCCCAGAUGAGCUGAGUGAGGCGGUGAAAGCACUCUCUCUGCUCCUCAUGUCUGCUCUGUUUUUGGUUGUCAUCUUUUCAUUAUGGAUCCAUGCAAAAGACGAGUAG